CCCGUUUUCGGUCUCGAUGGUAUCGAGGACGAGGAGCGCGGGACAGCGACUUCCUUCCGGAAAUGUUGUUACGACGACUUACGGGGCGGAAAACGCGUCGUAGGCCCGAGGAAGAAAGCGCUGGCGACGUCGAUGGGGGCUGCUGCUGCUACUGGCCCAGUUGGACAAGAACAUGGCAGCUCAGGUCUCAACAUCACUGCAAGAGUUGAUUCGGGAAGAUUUUUUGACUUGCAAAAUCUGCUAUGACCUAUAUGUAGUGCCUAAAAUUCUGCCAUGCUUGCAUAGCUACUGCCAGAGAUGCCUAGAACCACUUGUGGGGAAUGGGACUCUGCAGUGUCCUGAGUGCCGCUUGCAGGCAGAGGUCCCAGCUGGUGUUGCCAGCCUGAAGACCAACUUCUUCAUCAAUAGUCUCCUGGAGCUGUUCCAGAUGAAGCACAACAAGGACCUAGAGUGCAUGAUCUGCUCUAAUGCUGAGAGGAUUGUGGCUGCCACUUCCCGGUGCCUGGACUGCAAGGAUUUCUUGUGCCAAACUUGUUCCUAUGGCCACUGCUGUUCCCGUCUUACUCUGCACCAUAAGGUGGUGAACCUAGAAGAGUUUCUUGCUGGGCACUAUGACACAGAAGCCAGAUUCUUGCAGGAACUGUGCUGCCAAGAUCACCCACAGGAAGCCCUCCGUUUCUUCUGUGACUCCUGUAGUGUGUCCAUCUGUAGAGAUUGUCGCAUGUUGGACCAUUUUGAGCACAAAGUAGUCUCCAUGGCCAGUGCAGCGCAGCGGGAACGGCCCUCUGUGGAGCAGCUAAUCAAAAGCCUGGAGGCAACUAUAACCUGCAUCACUGAACAAGAGAAAGCUGCAGAAGAGGUGAUGGAGAAACUAAAAGCAGAGGCAGAAUGGAUCAAGGAGAAAAUCUGCAAGUAUGUGGAAGAUACCACUGCAUACAUCUUUGCCCAGAAGGAGAGUGCCUUGGCAAAACUGAAUGGCUUCCUCACUGAUCAAUUGGAGGAGUUUUGUCUGUCACAAAAGGAGCUGCAGUCUCAGAAAGACAAAGCAGUGAGCACCCAGGAAUUUUCUCAGCGUAUCCUUUCUGUAGGGAAGGACUACGAGAUCCUCCACCUGAAAGGGAUGAUCAGGAACAGGGCUGAGGAGCUUCAGAAAAUCAGGCUCCAGCAGUUCCCAAGCAAGGCCCCAGAGCUAGUCAUUGCCUGGGAUGAGAGCCAGCAGCUCUCUGAAGCACCACUUUUCAGCUUGGUGAUCCCUGGGGAGCAACCCAAAAGAGACAUGCAGCAUUUGGAGCCAGAUUCUUUUGACCAAGAGAGUGAUGAGAUUACAGACUCUGACUCUUCUGAAGACCUUUGCAUAGGUAUGUCCAACUCGCCUACAAAAAGCUCCUCUUCCUAUCCUGUGUGGAGGGUCAAAGUAGAUUAUUCUCACAGCUUAGAACGGGAUUUAUUCUGCACGCCCAAUAUCACUGGGAUUGCUUUUGUGCCUGACACUAGCCAUAUUCUUCUUUUGGAUAAGGCAAAUGAUGUGAUAAAAAAGUAUAGCCCUGAAGGUCAGUUCCAGCAGGUGCUUCCUUUGCCUGCUUCUGACUCUGACUUCAGUGGUAUUUCUGUGUGUGGAGAAAUCCUGGCCUGUUCCUCAGAGACUUAUCUCUUUUUCUUGACUCUUGAUGGUCAGUUUCUACGUAAAUUGCAAAUGAGGGGAUCGGAGUCCUCCUACCCCCUCACCUCCUACCGGGACUCUUACGUGGCUGUUAGUGAGGGUACUCUCUGUUCCAUCUCUUUGUACAACCCUUCUGGGCUUUGUGUUGGCAGAAUUCAGCCAGCCAACUAUCAAGGAGGGAAGUUCCUGUUCAUUGCUGUAAACAGCUGUGAGGAGUUUGUUGUCUCAGACUUCCUCAAGAAACAGAUAGUCAUCCUGGAGAAAUCUGGACUGGUUCUCGGAUUGCUGGGAUCUUCAACCUCACUGCUCACGAAGCCAUUCAGUGUCUGUGUAGAUGGAAAGAGGAACAUUUUCGUGGUUGAUCAGUUCAAAGUGAUACAUUUCUCACCCAAUAGUGAGAUUGGGGAGGUGAUACUGAAUGACCAGUGUCAGGUAGGAAGACCCAGAGUCCUUGCCAUUGAUGAUGGUGAGCUUUUUUUAGUGAGGGAAGAUGGAAGAACAGAUGUCUAUUCUUUAGAUGUAGUUAUUCGUGAACAGAGGCCUAAAGUAUACCGGUUCUGAGCCUUUCAUCUGGUGAGAUACUACGGGAGUCCCAUGUCUUUGUAUUAACUAGUUACUGUGAAAGGGCUUCAGUCUUCACUUGAGCCAAGGCUGCUGAUUGGGACUGGACUCUGCAUAAGAAAUGCUACUACGGUCCAUUAAGAUGUGUUCUGAAGCCUUCCUGCUGUGCCUGAUUCUAUUUGUGCCUGACUUGAGAAUAAGACUAGAAUAUGAUCUUUAGUGUGCCUUUUGAACUAUGAUUUGUAUUCACCGAAAAACUGAUCUUGACUCUUUCCAGACCUCUAGCUUGUGGGUCUCAGGUCAAAGGCCCAUGAGGAGAAGUUGCCUGUUUCUUUUUUAGAACCAACAUUCCUGAUUUCUUUGACAUUGGUGGGAGUAGCAGAGAUGGGGGCCAACAACAGGUUUGGGCUGUGUUUCAGUGAGCAAUAGAUGAUCCAUUCCUUUUCUAGCUAAACUUGUAGAUUCCAGGCAUCAGGACUGGUGCUGAAUCCUAUCAUUUAUAUUUACUGAGACUAUGUAAACUGAUUACAUUCCACUUCCUCCCUCUACUGCUGCUGUGGGCUAGAAACAGCUGUCUUGCUGCCAGUUGGAUUUGUUUGAGUAAGUGAUUAAGCAGUAUAGCUUCUUGUUAAAUAUGAAGUGAACCUGGCGUGGGUGGGUGUGAAAAUCAGGCACAUGCAUUUUCUCACACACCUCACUACAAGCAUUAAUGUUUUUGCAAUAGUCCCUAGAUGUCCACACAGUUGCCAACUUGGAUGCCAGGAACUUCACUAAUCUGCCUCUUUCAUUUUGCUCCUUUGCCAUCUGCCAAGCAACUAUUCUUCUGUAACGCCAUCUCUGCUGGAGCUUGACAAAUGUAGCUGAAUUUAUACAGGGACCUAUUUUGGAGCUGAAAGCUAGGUGUGAGAUAUUCCAGACUUGGAGUAAGAGGGACAAAGAACCAACUCUGGGAUGUUCCUUAUAAUUUUGAUAGGCACUCAAUUUAUGACUUGUGUCUUAAGAUGCCUGCACACAUGUAAGUAGCUGUAUUGACAGAUGAUCACUACUGAGACCCAUGGUCAGUCAGCUACAUUUAGAGUUUUUCUUCAGUUCACUUUAGCAGUGUAGUAGGUGUUGUUUAUAAACAUAUACACUGUAUUUGCACUACUUAUAUCCAAGGAUGCAUUUGUAUCUUUUCUUAAGGCUACACUUGGAGAUGUGAUCCUUGAGAUUAGCUUCUGCAGAUGCAUACACUGGAAGGGGCACUCAGUGCUAUCUUCCAGCACAGGAUGGUUCCUACAAGUCAUCCUCUGUGCUUUUGACCAGCUAAGGUGCAGAAUUCCCUGAUAAUUCUCUACCUGAGAAAGUUGACUAUGUUUGCAUUUUCUGGGGGGAGAGAGAACAUGGAGCUAAACGUUAUAAGGGAUCAUGGCUGUCAUAGCGUGCAAGGCAACACGGGUGAUAGGAUCAUCACCCAUGCUGCUCUGCCUGUAUAAACAUUGUUGAUGCCACUGCACAACAGGGCAGUGCCAUUCUGGUGUAUAGUAGCACAAAUGCAAUUCUCAGUAUUUCCAGUGCAGUGUGUUGUGCAAUUAUAUCUGCACAACUUCUUGUCAGAGUGGAACUGCCCUGUUGUGCAACCGUGUUGACACAGAUGCAGCAACUCCUACCACCUGCAUUGCUUUGCACAGAAUGUCUACUCAUAUGUUUUCUGCAGAUCUACCUGCUGCUGCAUCAGUUGUCCCAUGAUUAUAUUUCUUCACCUUUAACUCAUCCUGUACCUGAGUUUGGACACUGAGCCUCCCCAGGAUGUGGGUGUCACUUUUUGCAGAUAUGGCAGCAGCUUAUCUUGUUCAUAACCAAAGAGCAGUGCCCUGCAGUCAGGGGCAACAUCCAGAGUGCUUCAAAGCAGCUGCAACCAUGAAGUGAGCCUCUUGCCUUUGCUUUGGGGGGCCUUUAUAAUGAGCUGCUGCCUCAUUCUUUGCUUUGUUGUACUCCUUGUUUAUACCGUCUUAAAGUGCUGAAAUGUUCCCAGUUUGUUUUUGAUAAUAAUAAAAUGGACUUAAUGGUUA